AUGUACCAGCCUGUGACAGGCAGGGUAUCCAGUAGAUUCAUAAAGACUUGUUCAUUGACCAUCACAGCAUCCCUGUUGAGAGUUCGAAGGAGCGAUUUGAAGGUUGCGUCCUCCUUACAGAGCCGGUCCCCACACUUAGCUGGGAAAAGUGAAUUUUGUAAGGAGAAGCCGAAGUUGGAGAAGCGGGAUGAAUAAGAACUCCUUGCUGUCCCUGAUGAUGGGAAGGGACCAGCUUUUUCCAAAGAGGAAAAUCCCAGAGGACUCUUGGAGAAGAGCAGUUUCACAACUUUGUUCCCAAAAUACAGAGACACUUACUUGAAAGAGUGCUGGCCAUUGGCACAGAAAGCACUGAAUGAACACCACGUUAACGCAACCCUGGACUUGAUCGAGGGCAGCAUGACGGUCUGCACAACAAAGAAGACCUUUGGUCCGUACAUCAUCAUUAGGGCCAGAGACCUAAUAAAUAAACUGUUAGCAAGGAGUACUUCAUUUGAACAGGCGCUGGAACUUUUAACAGACUGUUACAUUAUGGUUCAGGGAAACACGGUUUCAGCCACUGGGCCCUUUAGAAGCUUAAAACAGAUCGAUAAAGAAUUGGCUACUGGUGAAUACUUUCUGAAGGCAAGUCAAAAGAAGCGGCAGAAAAGGGGAGCAGUAAAGGCUAAACAGGCAGAAGCUCUCACUAAGAGACAAGAGAAGCAAACCUUUUAUUCCACCUAAAGAAAAACCAGUGGUGAAGCCUAAGGAAGUCCACUGAAUGAAGACAGCAUAGCCUCGCUCCGUAGGGCCCCGGAGACAGACAGCUGCGCCUGUGUUUGGGAUGAUGUGGAUCAGACAGACUGGAAGCUAUCGGGAGGAGAAGGGCCAAAACUGUCCCGGGCUAUUGAAACCAGCUGACGGUGUGACUCUGGAGCUGCUGGAGUACAGCUGACUGGAGAAGUAAGCGCACCACACCCCACUGUGAGGAAAUCUCAAGUAUUGGGGAGGAUGUUGGACUUGUUAGAAUAAUGUGGAAUGGGGGUCUAUGACGUUUUGUUCAUAGAAGAAACAAGCCAUCUCAGAAAGCAGAAGGAAGUGAGAACUCCCCAGCUUCCUCACUCCCGCACGCUCUCCAGCCUAUCCCCCACACCCCACGCAGAAAAGUCUCCACAUUUGAAGCAGGUACCAUCUCUCCCUCACUUAAAAUAGUUGCAUGACUUCUCUUGUGAUGUGCAGAAAGUUAAAUUUGCCGUGGCUUACCAGGACCUGCAAGAGCUGCGCCAUGUGUUUCCAGUUGCAUCUCAUUCAGCUGCCUGAGCACCCUGGUCUCUGUUCUUUAACCCUCCCCACAAUUGUUUUCUCCACCAGACCAUCUGUUCCUGAAGUUAUUACAUGACUAGUCCCUGCACAGUCUUCACGCCUCAGCCUACAUAUGUCUCAAAGCUCUUCCCUGAGCAUCUUAGCGUAAGUAGGGGUCCCAUUAUUCAUAUUUCUUUCAUUGUUCCUAUCAUAAUGCAGUUACCUUAUUUGUAUUUUUACUGCCUAUCUGCCCCAUAAGUAUAAGUUUCUCAGGGGCAGGGAGUUUGUUUGGCUUGUUCUUUUUUGAAGAUCAAUAAAUAAGUAUAUUUGUUGUGUAACCGAAUGUAUG